AUGGCGGAUGAUGAUCAGGAUAUCUUUGACUCCCUUGAAAGGGAGGCCUCUGAUUUUAACAAGGAUGCCGAAAUUGAUCGCAUUCGCAAGGCAUUCAGUCUUGAUGCCUACGCUGUCCUGGACCUGCAGCCCGGUGUCCCAGAGAAAGACAUCAAAAUACAGUACCGCAAGAAGUCUCUCCUCAUUCACCCCGACAAGACCAGAAACCCUGCCGCGCCCGAUGCUUUCGAUCGGUUGAAAAAGGCCCAGACAGCUCUCCUCGAUGAGAAGCAACGCACCUACCUUGACGAAUGUAUAUCGGAUGCGCGUCGGCUUUUGAUUCGUGAGCACAAGUACACAGUCGACUCGCCCGAAUUGAAGACGGAAGAAUUCAAGGAAGAGUGGCGCAAGAAAACAGUUUGGGUGCUCCUAGAAGAAGAAGCGCGCCGCCGCCGACAGCUCAAGGCGCAAAUGCAGGAAGAAGGCCGAGAGCAGCGCAAGGAAGAUGAGGAGAUCGAGGCACGGAAGCGAAAGCGCGAUCACGACAAGAAGUGGGAAGAUACUCGGGAUGAGCGCAUUGGUAGUUGGCGGGAUUUCCAGAAGGGACGCAAGGGCGAUGACAAGAAGAAAAAGAAAAAGAUGAAGGUGCUGGGAUGA